CGACGUGUCAGUUUGACAGCUUCCUGUUAUUUAGCUAGCACAGAGCUCAGUGACUGGCGGUAUUUUAAGUAGCUUUGGCGAUUGCAAAUGGCUUCUUGUUCUUCGAGAAAAAUCGUUAUAUACCGACUGUGUUCUCUCGACGUUGAUAUUUUACCGGCUCUAACCACUUCCAGUGAAACCAGAAGCUGUUGUGAUGUCUGAGUCUAAGCCCCCCACUCCAACUCCUGGAGACACAUACAAGGGUUGGCUAUUUAAAUGGACAAACUACAUUAAGGGAUACCAGAGACGCUGGUUUGUUUUGAGCAAUGGACUAUUGUCAUAUUACAGGACCCAGGCAGAAAUGGGUCACACAUGCAGAGGCACCAUUAACUUGGCCACAGCCAAUAUUGCUGUUGAAGACUCGUGCAGUUUUGUCAUUUCCAAUGGUGGAGCACAAACCUACCACCUGAAGGCCAGCUCCGAAGUUGAGCGCCAACGCUGGAUCACAGCACUGGAGCUUGCCAAGGCUAAGGCUGUCCGUAUGCAGGCCGAAUCCGAUGACUCGGGUGAUGAUUGUCCCUCAGUGCCCCCCACCUCAGGACAGGGUGGAGGCUGCCGUAAUGCAGAAGUCCAGUCCACACUUCGAACAAUGACCAGCAAGGUGGAGGACCUCAGCACCUGCAAUGAUCUCAUUGUUAAGCAUGGGUCCGCCCUCCAAAGGUCUUUGUCAGAACUGGAGGGGAUUCGGGGUGGAGGGGAUAUGGGGGACAAAAUCAGACAAGUGACGGAGAGGGCCACACUGUUCCGAAUCACCUCGAAUGCCAUGAUCAAUGCUUGUCGAGACUUCCUCUCCCUGGCUCAGAAUCACAAUAAGCGCUGGCAAAAGGCCCUGCAGACUGAACGGGAUCAGAGGAUACGGCUGGAGGAGACACUCGAGCAGCUGGCCAAACAGCACAACCACUUGGAACGAGCUUUCAGAGGAGCCACAGUUCUCCCUCCUUCAUUCAGCAAUCCUGCCUUGGGUAACAAAACUGGUGUUUCAGGAAAAGGUGAUGCAAGCGAUGAGGAUGAUGACAAUGAGUUCUUUGAUGCUAUGGAAGACCCAGCAGAGUUCAUAACUGUUCCUGCUGACCCUAAGUAUCACAGGAGAUCUGGCAGCAACGUCAGUGGGCUCAGCAGUGAGACCGGAAUGGACGAUCAGUCUGUAAAUUUUGAUGAACAGUCUUUGGCGUCCAAUCUGGAGUCUCCCCAACCACUUGAGGUUGAGCCAGUUAGACAAAGGCGGACACGUAUCCCUGACAAACCCAACUAUUACCUCAAUUUGUGGAGCAUUAUGAAGAACUGUAUUGGAAAGGAGCUCUCAAAGAUCCCAAUGCCUGUUAAUUUCAAUGAGCCAAUCUCCAUGCUGCAACGUCUAUCAGAAGACUUGGAGUACUACGAGCUGCUGGAUAAGGCUGCUAAAUGUCAGAGUUCUCUAGAGCAGAUGUGUUAUGUUGCAGCGUUCACAGUCUCCUCCUACUCCACUACUGUCCACCGCACAGGAAAACCCUUCAAUCCUCUGCUGGGAGAAACGUUUGAGCUUGAUCGACAAAAAGAGUGCGGUUAUCGCUCCCUGUGCGAACAGGUGAGUCACCACCCGCCUGCUGCAGCUCACCAUGCCAUGUCUGAAAAAGGUUGGUCCCUCAGACAGGAAAUUACAUUGGCCAGCAAAUUCAGGGGAAAAUAUCUCUCCAUCAUGCCCUUGGGUUCUAUCCAGUGUAUAUUUGAAAAGAGCAACAAUCACUACUCUUGGAAGAAAGUCACAACAACAGUACACAACAUUAUUGUGGGGAAAUUAUGGAUCGAUCAGUCAGGGGAGAUAGAUGUGGUGAAUCACAGGACAGGAGAUCGCUGCCACCUCAAGUUUGCUCCCUACAGUUAUUUUUCCAGAGACGUACCAAGAAAGGUAACUGGAGUUGUAACUGAUCAAGAAGGAAAGGCCCAUUAUGUGUUGUCGGGAACAUGGGAUGAGAAGAUGGAGUUUUCCAGGAUAAUGCAGAGCAGUAAGGGUGAAAAUGGUACAGAAGGCAAGCAGAGAACUGUGUAUCAGACCCUCAAAGCCAAAGAAAUCUGGAGAAAGAACCCUCUACCAGAUGGAGCAGAGAACAUGUACUACUUCUCCUCACUGGCCUUGACUCUAAAUGAACCUGAAGAGGGGGUGGCGCCAACAGACAGUCGAAGACGCCCUGACCAGCGAUUAAUGGAAGAUGGACGCUGGGAUGAGGCUAAUGCAGAAAAACAGAGGCUAGAAGAAAAACAGCGUAUCACCCGUCGAGAAAGGGAGAGGGAAGCUGUGAAAGCAGCUAGUUCUCCAGAGGAAGCUGUCACUGAGGAUUCAAUCAAUGACUCACCCUUUAAAAGCACCCAUCAAGACAACUACCAAUCAAUGUGGUUUGAGAAGACGGACGACCCUGUAUCCGGAGAGACCCUGCAUGUCUACAAAGGAGGUUACUGGGAGACGAAGGACCAAGGCAGCUGGGACAUGUGCCCUAACAUUUUCUGAUCACAGGCUAAUCGGCUCUUUUUCAAUCCGUGGUGUGAGAAUGAGAAGAUGGUAAGAAGUGACCUGUCUUACACCAGCUAGAGUGGGGAAUCGAGCCUGAUAUCAACUUCUCUUCAAUGCCUUUGGCUUUAAAAGAUUGCACCCAUCACCUUCACUUCUGCAGCACAGAUUUGCUCAGGAUCAAGUGCAUGUGGUUUUCACCAUCAAUGUUGAUACAAUCUCCAUUGUGCUUGUAGAAACCUUGCACCUGAUCAGUGUUCAGAAACCAUACUCACUGCCUCUUUAAUACUAUCUUUACUUUGAUUUUUUUUUUAUUUGCAUGUUGUUCUGACCGUGUCUAUGUAUUUUGUGGAUUUACUGAUGUUGGGCAUUUUUCAUGUCUCACUCGGACAUAGUGAACCACCAAGUUGCAAUCCUUGUGUUGCUUUAUUUUGGAAAGACUCUUCCCUUAUGCAGCACCACUGGAUAGAUUAUCAAACGCUCGCAUAUUAACGUUUCCCCUACACCAGUUUGAGACCACAUCAAAAGCAUUCAGUGUUUAUUAUUUUAUUUAUUUUUUUAUAGUCAUCUUUCAUAUAGACCAAUAUGUGAAACUGGGUUUCUCUUUAAUUCUCUUUCUUUAUUCCAUAUAUGAAUAUAUGGACAUAUUGAAUACUAUUAAUAACUGAAUUACAGGGUCAAAAAACAUGCAGAUUUGGGGAUUAGGCAAAUUGGGCACUCUAAAUUGACUGUAGGUGUGAGUGUGGAUGGUUGUUUGUCUCUAUGUGACCCUGUGAUGGAUUGGUGACCUCUCCAGGGUGUACCCCGCCUUUCGCCCUAUGUCAGCUGGGAUUGGCACCCGCGAUCCUCAUGUGGAGGAUAAAGUACAAAAAAAAUGACGAAAACAUAAAAUAAGAAAAUACUUUUAUACUCCCACUUCCCAUUCCUACAAGAACCAGUGUUUGGUUUUGUUGUUUUCCUUCAGCAAAUCAUUUUAGAGUCUAAAUGUUUCUCAUGUCUCAUUUAAUGCAACAGCACGAUUAUAAUGUGUUUCAGUCUAAGUGUGUUUAAAAGUUUGCCUCCAUUUAAACUCUACUUUCACUUUCAAAGUAAAUAUUGACACUCACAAUGUGAACCUGAUUAAAAUGUAGAGCAGAAGGGCCGAGCUCAAGAUGGCACAGGGUUGUUUUUGAACUUCUACUGACACAGUGAUCAGUGAAGUGAAAUAUGAGGCAAGUGUUUUUGUCUUCCUGUUUUAUUUCAAACAUGGAUCGUAGCUUUAAUGUCGUGUCGGGAUAUUUUAUUAUUUGCGUAUUAUUAGUAUGGAUUUUUUUUACAGACCGCAAUAACAGUGCCUCGAGGUUUGUGUACACAAAAUGGCUCACAGUGAAAUAGGAGGACAGUGUGAAGGUAGAAAGCUGUAACUUAAAACCAUGAAUUCUGUGUCUGUGUUUGUCUCCGCUGCUGUUUGUGACAUCAGGUGGAAGGACUGUGUGGUUGAUGAAAAUCUAAAUUUCAUUUUAUAUUCAAGUGUACUUAGAAGGAGAACACUGAAAAAUGAUGAUGAGAAAGUAUAAUGUUGCAAAUAUUUAUGUGUAAAUAGUGAAAUUAUUGUGAUAUUAACUGUUUUUGUUGAGAAUACAGAAUCAAAAGGCAGGGAUGCACUUUUAUUGAUUUCUCUUUCUAAUUUUUAUCUUAUCCACUAUGAAUACAUUGUUAUUUCUCAGCUGUGUGUACCGUUUUACCCCAACUCAUCCUGUACCACCUAGUUCAGCUUUAUAUAUUCAUAUUUUCAACUUUUAAUGGUUUAGAUGUCACAGAAUUGGUCCAUUGUUUUCUUUUCAUCAUGUCUUCGUUCUAUUGUCAUAUAUUCUUGAUUUUUAAGCAUUGCUUUUAAUUUUGUUAUUUUUUUUUUCAAUUUAUGUUUUUGUUUUUGCCCUAGUGUGGUUUUCAGAAUUGAUUUAUGUUUUUGCUAAAAAAAAAAAAAUUAUCUGAAGGUGUAAUUGCACUUAGGUUCAUUACAUCAAUCCUACCUAAUUUCGA